ACAAGUCUUUCCAACACGCCCUCCACUGGCGAAGAUUGCGUUUUCCAUAUAGACUCGCCUCGCAAACACCUUACUGCUGUUCGCGUUGUUGCCGUCAAGUUGUUCUUCGGCUGUGUUUCGUGCCAUGUGCCUAGUGCGUAUCUGCGGUUCAUUGCAGUUGCAUCACGACCUGACACUACCAAUAGCGCCUUCUCGUGUACGCGUUUGCCUCUUGUACGGCUAGUCAUCGCAUUUUGCGACUGGCGAAACACAAUUUUGAGGCCCAGUACAUGCCAUCGUGAUCUUCCUAUUCCUUACGCAGCCAUGAGAACAUCGUUGACUUUGUGCGUGGUGUUCUUGCUUCUCUUUUGGCGCCUGUGGAACUACUUGGCACCACUGCACGAACUGGGCAAGGUAGUCGGUUCGGCGUGGAUAGCACUCAUGCUGUCUUACAGUCUGUCACGCUUUGUAUGGACGCGUCUUUUUGUCACCAAGGUUGCUGGUGACGGGAGAGCUGUGCUGAUCACUGGUUGUGACACCGGAUUCGGCAACCGCUUGGCGAAGCGGUUGUCACGCAACGGCUUCCUGGUGUUUGCCGGCUGCUUGAGUUGCGCUAGUGUCGGUGCCGAAGAACUCAAGAGCCUGCCAAAUGUUGAGGUCUUGCCGCUUGAUGUUACGAAACAAGAGCAAGUGGAUGAAGCCCUGGACUCGGUUAAAAAGCACCUCGGCAACAGAGAACUGUGGUCGGUGGUAGCGAACGCUGGCAUAGGAAGCUGCGGUCUCCUAGAGUGGAUGACAAUGGAAACCGUGACCAACAUUUUCGACGUGAACGUCUUCGGGGCACUUCGGGUCACCAAGAAGUUCCUGCCUCUUCUCCAGAAAAGCAGCGGCAGAGUCGUCGCCAUUGCGAGUCCAUUCGGUCACUUUACCCAGCCCAUGAUUGUACCCUAUUGCAUGUCGAAGCACGCCGUGGUCUCCAUGAUGGAUGGUCUCCGAAGAGAGUGUCAUGGCAGUGGUGUGGACUUUGUUAUUGUAGAGCCCUCAGCUUAUCGGACGCCAAUAUUCAAGACGGGCAGCACUCCGAUGGACCUCGUGAUGCGGGAAUUCAAGCAGCAGGAGCCUGAAGCUAUCGCCCACUACACACAUCAGGACGUCGAGGACUGGAUGAAGGCUCUUGACAAGAGCUUCAACGCUAUCAUGAGAGAAGAUCCCGAAGAAGGCGUCAGUGUCAUGGAGCGAGCCGUGAGAGAAACUUACCCUAACGCCAUCUACAGGUCGCCGUGGGGACUCGACACACCCUGUGUAUUCUUCAUGACAGUGUUUCCCCGAGGGAUCACAGAUUUUGCCUCGGUACUUUUGCACAAGAUUCAACUCAGAAUGAAAUAAUAGUUUCCGUUAUUUUCAGCUCGUAAGAAAAUAUUCCAAAAAGAGCGCUGCUAAUUGAGAGAGCUCUCCGAGGCGCCUAGCUUAAAUCCAUCUAUGGGUCAGCGUGCGCAGUGUUGUGGUACACCAUAAAGGUGCUUUAUUGCCACAUGAUCUAGGAAUAUCACAAUCUAUGCUGCGUACCCUAUUUUGAAAGACAUUGUUCCGGAUGAAAUGACAGCUUUAGUAAAUAACUGUCUCGCUGGAAGGGAUACCGAACAAGCUAUCGGUGUCAUCAAGGCUACAGUGAAAGAAACAUGUCCCAAAGCCGCAACAGCUCAACGCAUGACCUGGACACUCCAUGUAUAAAGUUCUAAACAUUAUUUCCAAGAAAUGCCACCAACUCCGUCAACCUCUUUGAUCCCACCAUUAAAUCCAGGAUCAAGUGAAAGCGAUGUCUUGACGUGAACUAAGUGCAAUGUUGGAAGCCUUUAGGUGCCAGCCCGUCCUUUUUCGCUUUGAAGUCCUUCAUUGAUUAUCGACUCUUUUGCAGUGUGACGAUGUGCGUGCGCCAUUCUGACGCUGAAUAUAAGAGCCAACAUAGGCUAGCUUUGGCAGCACCAGCGCCACUUCAUGGGAGAUUCGUUGUGUGCCUAAACGUAACGCGGAAAACAGCAGACUUCGGCGAUUUCUUUGGCUCUCAAUUCACUUGCUGCAGCAUUUUUCCACGGUGAAUACAACUAUGUUCGUUUCGCUUGCCUUUUUUUCGUCAAUAAUUGUGCUCAAAUACUACGGGAAACUAUAGAACUUAGCGGUUAUAGGGCGCUUUGUCCGGGGAGAAGGGAUGUGGUCGUGUGAAUAGAUAAUAAUUUCGAGAAAUAACUUGAAAAAGUUAUUGUAAUAUAUAAAAGGUAAUUAUGAUUGUGUGACAGUACAGAAGGAUUAGUGUUGAUAAGACAAACAGGUGCCGACGUUCAGUUCUUUGUGAUGUACGCAACUUCCUUUCCCUAUGACUUAGUAAUAGAUGUUGCUGAAUUCGAACUGCGUGCACGACAAACCAUAGCACACUCAGACUCCUCCCGUCUGAGUAAGCUGGGUUUAUUUGAUUAAAAGCUUCUUGCUUCUC